AUGACCUCCUUACUUGCCCCAGCUCCUUUCCAGAUUCCUGGCGCCGCAGGGCAAAAGGCGAAGCAGUCUUCCUUGUUCUCGGAGCUGACCGCCGACCAACGGAGAGAAAUUUUGAAACAACGCGCCAGUGGCGUCGUCGGUGUUCCAGCACUCCAUUUCAACACCGUCAAAUACCGUAGAGGCCCCAGCCAGCAAGCGAAGGAUAACUUCCGUAAGCGUAUGCUGAGCGGACUUCAACAGCAUUGGGCGGACCCAGAUACAAAGACUCGGUUUCUCAAACUAGCUGAACUCGUCGAAACCGAAGGCUGUGCUUUAUUUGGUGGCCUCAUCGAUGUGUCCAAGUUUCAAAAGCUGAUUGAGGACUACGAGACGAUCCAAAAGAAGACAGGAAGUCAAAACUUUCUUCAUUCUUACGUCAACUUGUCCGACAGUCCCUCCUUUAUCAAGAAUGCACAGUAUAAUGACGCCUUUGUUCACCCCUUGCUCAUAUCCUUGAUCGCCUACCAGAUGGGUGGUGCUAUCCGCAUCAUCGACAUGCGAGGCAAAAAUACCGAGCCGUUGUCUGCUAAUGCACAAGACAACAUGCUUCACGUGGACAACACCCCAUUCAAGGACGAGUACAAGAUUCUCCUGGUAUGGAAGCAGGGCCAAGUCGCAGGUCCGUCGGGCCAGAACUUUACCUUUCUCCCGGGGACCCAUCGCGGCAAUCGCGAGAUCCAUCUCGAUGCAUGCGGCACGCCCUUCUCGACUGAAAAGCAUAACCUGUUUGGUACGCAAGAGGCCAUCGAUGGCCUCUUUGACUUUCAGAAACAGGCGAUUGGCCAAGGUCCUACCGUAAUAGAGGUCGAGCACCCGGAACAGCCCCUAUCCAUGCUCUUCUCGGCAGGGGGUUUGGUGCAUCAUCGCUACCGGAAUGAGUACGGAGAUGCCCGAAGCUGCAUGUCUGCUGCUUUCCAUCUUGCCAGGGAUAACCCCGGGGCACUUCUCCGAGAAUCGGACGGCGACUCCAAGCCGAAAACACUCGUUGAGUUCCUGACUGGCCAUCAAGACUCAAACUCUGACGAAGCAUUUCUCUUAGUGCUGCUAUCGGAAGCGGGACGAGUCGAGUCCAAGCUGGCUGAGAUAGACAACGCGACUGGGAUUUCCAAACUUGUCCCUACGUCCGGUAUGAGCCUUUCGGAAGAACAGCUACAUGCCUGGCGGGAUGUUGUGGUCUCAGCUCCUCUAGCCUCACACGUCAAGUUCAGUUAUGAUGUGUUUGUCUCUGAGGCUCUGGGUCUUGAAGAUGGAUUCCUCAUCCAGGCCAUCGUGUCAGCCAUGAUGUAUGACAAGCAUGGUUUGCUACAGUUGAUUUUGUACGAAGAUGGUCAUGAAGAAAUUCGCAAGCUCUGUCGUAAGCGCAUUGGCGAGAUGCGGGAGAAUGAAAUUGCGUCACGCCUGGCUAAGUAUUUAGCAGGACUGUCCCAGAAAGCCUUUUCUCUCCAAGAUCUCCCAGCUGCUGCGUACGUGAGACAGCUGGCUGAACAAGUUGCUUCAGCGGGAGCUGCUAGAUUGAAGACACUACAAAUGGUACAGGGCGAGGAUGCCGAUAUGGUUAUGCUUAUGUCGCUCGUCCAGAUGAUGAUGGACCUGGCCGAAGCGAUUGUGCGAUGCGAGCGUCUAGAAACAUAUGCAUCCACUAGUCUUUACCUAUUCUGGGCGGUAGAUUAUCUUGUUCCUUUCCUUAAGGAUGCGUCGAAAGAACAAGCAAGCAAUGUGGCGGCGAUCUUUUUGCGCAAUUAUAUUGGCUUUUUAUUGCUACUCGAGGCUGAGCACAAUGCCACCACAAGGUCGGCUUGA